GAAAUCGCUUGUUAUCACAGUUAAUUGGACUUCUUCGGUCGGUUCAGUUACAUACGAAACAUUUGACACAAUACCGAUCAUCGUUGACCAUAUCGAAUUUCACGAAAUGGCAUUGAAGUCCGUUGUUAUCUUUGCUUUGUUGGCCGCUGUCAAUGCUGGCUAUGUACCUGCUGCUCCACUGGCAUAUCAUGCUGCUCCUGUUGCCGCUGCCGCCGCUGUGGUCAAAGGUGUCGCUCCAGUUGCUCAACAUGUAUUAACCAAGACCGUUGAAGAAUAUGAUCCUCAUCCUCAAUACAAAUUCGGCUAUGGUGUCCAAGAUGCCGUGUCUGGUGAUACUAAAACACAGGUUGAGGAGCGCGAUGGCGAUGUUGUUCGUGGUGAAUAUUCCCUGAUUGAUGCUGAUGGUUACAAACGCACCGUUCAAUACACUGCUGAUCCAGUCCAUGGUUUCAACGCUGUUGUGAGUCGUGAACCUUUGGUUGCCAAGGCUGUCGUUGCUGCUCCCGCUGCCGUAGUAAAGACUGUUGCUCCUGUAGCUCAAUAUACUGCCCCCGCUGCUGUGGUUAAGACUGUUGCUCCUGUUGCCCAAUAUGCUGCUCCGGCUGCUGUUGUUAAGGCAGCUGUCCCAGCCUAUACCACAUACUCUGCCCCUGCUGUGGUGAAAUCAGCUGUGCCAGCAUACACUACCUACACCAUUCCCGCUCAUCAUUAGGAAAUCGCUAUAUUUUCAACUAGACUGAUAUAAUGAAACAAAAAAUAAAUUAUUAACUUUUAUUG